AUGCCAUCCAAGCAGACUUCCGCUGGGGGGCCCAAGAAGAAGCAGGCCAUACCCACGGCGAGUGGAAGCGCACACGCACAUCCGCAGGCAGCCAUCGGCUUCCUACCGCCAGGUGCGAAGUACCCGUCUGAGGCUUCCCCGAACCACUGCAAGCAUCAGAAGUCAAACUCCUCCUCCCAGGGGAAGCAGAAACACCACAACCGCACUAAGGACUUUGACUACCGCUUCGAGCAGCACAUCUUCGUGCCACCACGGCUGCGUCGAGUUCCAGCGGUGCUCGUCGAGGCCGUAAACGACUUUCACUAUGCAAUGAUGAAUGACUUGCCUCGAAACGAGUUCUACUACAACUUGCUGAAGAAGCACAUCGUGCCUGGUGAGUCGGGCGUGCUCGAAAUCGGCGCCGGCUCGGGUCUGCUGUCGAUGAUGGCGGCGAAGCUAGAGGCGAAGUGGGUCGUGGCGGUGGAAGGGUCGUCAGAGAUGGCGGCGCUGGCGCGGUCGAACAUUGCUGAGAACGGGCUGGAGGGAAAGAUUAAGGUGCUGAACCUGCUCAGCACAGAGCUCACCCCAAGUGAUUUGCCGGAGCCACCGAGCAUCCUCGUCUCCGAAAUCUUUGGUACACUGCUGCUGGGCGAGAGCGCGCUGGACUACAUAACUGAUGCCCGCCAUCGCCUACUUCGACCGACAACGAAGAUACUGCCACAGUACGGCGUUCAGUACGCUGUGCCCAUCGAGUGCGAGACACUGAGUCAAAUCUGCGCUGUCUCCAGCUGGAACGGCAUCGACCUCUCGCACGUCAUGGCCCUGCAGGACACGACAAGCGUCGUCUUCACCAAGCAGUAUGGCUUCCGCAUGUGCUCCGUUCCAUUCUGCCGCCUCGCCGACCCGAUCCCGCUGCUGACGAUCGACUUUGCCGAGACAAGGCGCAAUUCCUUUAAGAAGGUGUUUCCGGUGGAGGUGACGGCGACGACAAGCGGCACGGCGCAUGCGUGGCUCUUCUACUGGAUCUCCACCGACGGCGAGGAGGUGAUGUCGACAGCACCCGAGGAUACCGUGAACAACUUCUCACGCGAUAUGCAGUGGGGCCAAGCGCUGCAGCUUAUUGAUGCCGGCUCGACUGCACGCAUGCCCACCGAGCUGUCGAUGUCCUCGGGCGAGUCCUAUAAGUUCGAGUGUGCACUGUCAAGCGACCGCGUUGUCAUGAGUCUCAGGUACAUAGGUGGCGGUACCGCCACCGCACCGUCAAAGGUGGACACCAGCGAGGCGGAGAGCGAGCCACAGUAA